ACCUGAAGUGAUUACAGUCCCACCAGUACAAGGGUUUAUAAAAGCACACAUGUGUAGCACUGCAACAAGUGUCAGAACACCAAGUACAAGACACACCAGAGACCAGGCUGAGAGAGACAGCGACAGAGGGCAACCAAUGUGCAACACAAUUUGGGAUUUCCACAGUUUACACACUGACAGAAGACAGGACCUAGAAAAUUAUGUUUGGCAUCAGGAAGCGCAUCCAGGACCACCUGGUGGAGCGAAGAAUCCGCCGAACCCGGCUGGUGACCAAAUAUGGCCAAUGCAACAUUGAAUUUGGUAACGUGAAAUGCGGCAACCAGUUUGCCUUCCUCAUGGACUUCUGGACGACCUUCGUAGAGUUCCGCUGGCGCUUUGUCCUCUUCUUCUUCACCGUCUCGUUCACCCUGAGCUGGUUCAUCUUCGGACUACUGUGGUUCUGGAUCGCCUGGAGCAACCAAGACCUGACCUGGCAGAACCCCUCAAAAGGCCACAAGUACUGUGUGGAAAAUGUUUCCGAUCUCAUUACAGCAUUCCUCUUCUCCAUGGAGACCCAGACCAGCAUCGGGUAUGGUGUACGCGUCAUCACCCCUCACUGUUCUGGUGCUGUAACCCUCAUCAUUGCCCAGUUUCUCAUAGGUUCCAUCAUCAACUGUUUCAUGUGUGGAAUCAUCCUGGCCAAAAUCUCCAUCCCUAAGAAAAGGGCCAAGACCAUCACAUUCAGUCAGACAGCUGUCAUCUGUCCUAAGAAGGACUUCCUUUGCCUCAUGAUAAGAGUGGCCAACUUACGCAAGACCCUGAUGAUCGGGAGCCAGAUUUAUGGCAAGUUGUUGAGGACAACCAACAAACCCAAUGGGGAGACAAUCAUCAUGGAUCAGGUGAACAUUGAGUUCAUGGUGGACGCUGGGAAGGACAACCUCUUCUUUGUGUGCCCUCUCACACUCUACCAUGUGAUUGACAAGGCUAGCCCUUUCUUUGAGAUGGCAGUGGACACACUCCAUAAGCAGGAGUUUGAGCUGGUGGUCUUUCUGGACGGCACAGCCGAGACCACCAGCUCAGCCUGCCAGGUCAGGACCUCCUUCAUCCCUCAGGAGAUCAUGUGGGGUUACAGCUUCCUGCCAAUCAUCUCCCGCAGUAAAGAGGGCAAGUACAGAGUGAACUUCUCCAACUUCUCCAAAGUGGUGCCCGUGGCCACUGCACAUUGUUCCUACUGCUUCCACAACAUGAAGGGACACCACCUCCACUCCAUUAACGGAAUCGACAACUGGGAAUUUGAAGCAAAUGAUAACUUAGAACAACCUAAUAUGACCAAGUUGUGAGCUUAUGUGGCCUGAGGAAUAGAAGACAGUUAUAGGUUGUACACGCUUAGAAAAAUGGAUUCUUCGGCUGUGCCCAUAGAAUAGCUAUUUUUAGUUUAACAUUGCAAAAAUUACAAAUCUGAUUACAAAUCUUGGUCUCAUCUCGCACCAGCGACUCCUGUGGUGGGCCAGGCACAGUGCACGCCAACCAAGGUUGCACUGUGUUUCCUCCAACACAUUGGUGUGGCUGGCUUCCGGGUUGGAUGCGCGCUGUGUGAAGAAGCAGUGCGGCUUGGUUGGGUUGUGUUUCGGAGGACGCAUGGCUUUCAACCUUCGUCUCUGCUGAGCCCAUAUGGGAGUUGUAGCGAUGAGACAAGAUAGUAAUUACUAAUAAUUGGACACCAUGAAAUUGGGGAGAAAAAGGGGGCAAAGCAACUUACAGUACAUUAUGUGAAUUCCCCCAGUGGGAAACGAAGCCCCAAACCUGCCAUCUGAGCUAGUGCUAGAUAACAUUAGAACACCUAUUCAUUAUAACUGUGACGUGCAAGGACAUCCCCAAGAUAAUGCUUCAUUGGAGCACACAUGCUGCUUUUGAAAGUGAGUGAGUAUUAGGACAUAAAAUCUAUAAGCCUUUCCUUAUAUACCAACUUUGGGGCAUGGGCAAGGUUAGGUACAGCAACUUCAUAUGCUAACAAAUCCCUCCUCAGACCCAAGGUGUCAUAAGGCUGAUAAUCAAAGAAAUAGUAGGAAGAGUUUGCUAAAUUCUGGGACAUUGUCAUUCACGUUGGUAACGAUCAAAGACUUUUGACUUGUAUAUUUAUUCUCAUUUAGAACAAGCCACUUCACUGACACAACAUGUCAUAAUUUGUCAAUACCACAGAACUCUAUCUUUUGCCUGAUCAUAUUGUACAUUUUUCCCCUCAGAGGGGGCUCCCAAUUCUCUUUCAUGUGUAAAAAUGGGAUGUUGUGAGCCAUUCACCGUUUGACUGCAUUCAAACAGCUGAUUAUGCUUCACCAGUGAUUUGCUAACAUUGUUUUAAUCUUAGAUUUUGGAAGUCCAUUGCUUAAAAAUAACGUGCUUUGAUUCAAAUCACAUGCACAUGUGGCUUACCAUAGUACACAAAUACUUAAUUUGUGUGGGAAGGUGAAGUAAAUCAUGUUGCUUGAGUGUUACAUUAUCAAUAAAAAUCUGUUUGAAAUUU